AUGCAAGGAAGUAGGAUCGUAACUCGAAUUCAAUUUCCAAUUUCUGGCUCAAUUCCAAUAGAGGCCGCUAAAGCCGAGGCUCCAAUUCAGUUGGUCGAGAUUGCGAUUCUCAUAUUUCUUACAGUUGCUCCAGGCCGGUGUGGGGAUAGCCAUUCUUCCGUUGCACUUCGCGAAAUGCUCUUAUACGGCCAAGUGUCUCAAAUAGCCUAUGCCGAGGAAGCACCGAUACUCAAUGUUUUCUUACAAAAGUGA